ACUAGCAAAGCUAGGACACUGCACUUGCGCCGGACUUAGGCAAACCCGCUGACGCUGGCGGAGCUCUCUCGCCAAUUGCGCUCCUCGAAAGUAGGGUGCAUUUUGGAGCUCCUCUGGGCUGAGCGCGGAGCUCGGAUUGGCAGCGCAACUCGUCCAUCUUUCCUACGGAACGAGACGUCUCAAUUCGAUCGAAGAUGGGGGGCUGCGUAAGCAGCACUGCGCCUGGGGAGGAGCCGAGUUCAAAGAAGAGGAGUCAGAUGAUCGAUCGGAGUUUGGAAGAGGACCAAAAGAAGCUACGGCGAGAACACAAGCUAUUACUGCUUGGUUCGGGAGAGAGCGGCAAGAGUACAAUAGUGAAGCAGAUGAAAAUCAUUCACCAAAAUGGCUAUUCAGAACACGAGUUACAACUUUGGCGGCAAACCGUGUUCAAGAAUAUCGUCGAUUCUGCAAAGGCACUGGUUGGCGCGUUACGACAAUUUGACGUGGAGGUGACAGACGAGAAGAACCGGGUACACUGUGACUACAUCAUGGAAGCGACCGUCGAUCCGGACCCGCAGCAAUCCUUGGACCCACAAUUGGGUGAAGCGAUCAGGAGCUUGUGGAAGGACGCCAGCAUACCAAAAGUCAUGGAGCAUCAGAAUGAGUUUUAUCUGAUGGAUUCGGCAUCAUAUUUCUUCGACGAGAUCACGAGAAUAGCAGGAUCAGAUUAUAGCCCGACGGAAGCCGACGUGCUACAUGCUCGAGUCAAGACAACGGGCAUUUACGACACACGGUUCCAGAUGGGCCAACUAAGUAUUCAGUAUGUUCAGUGCAAAGCAUAUGAUCCUGAAAUUGUUACUGACGUCCUUUUCAGUAUGUUCGACGUCGGCGGCCAGAGGAGCGAGCGGAAGAAGUGGAUCCACUGCUUCGAGGACGUUACCUCGAUAAUAUUUUGUGUCGCAUUGAGCGAAUAUGAUCAGGUCCUCCUGGAAGAGAGCAGCCAGAACCGCAUGCUGGAGUCACUCGUUCUUUUCGACUCCGUCGUCAACUCGAGGUGGUUCAUGCGCACAUCGAUUAUCCUAUUUCUGAACAAGGUCGACCUGUUCCACGCAAAACUUCCCAAAUCUCCCCUGGCGAAUUAUUUCCCGGAUUACACUGGCGGAAACGACGUUAAUCGCGCAGCCAAAUACCUACUCUGGAGAUUCAAUCAAGUCAAUCGGGCACACCUCAAUCUCUAUCCACAUCUUACGCAAGCUACCGAUACCAACAACAUUCGCUUGGUAUUCACUGCCGUCAAGGAGACUAUCCUACAAAAUGCGCUCAAGGACUCUGGUGUCUUAUGAGACUAGCGUCGGACUGUGAAUUGACCUUGUUGACAAUUCCGUCGAUUAAAGAAUGUCGACCAACAUCUAGGACUCAAACCAAGCUCAAGAAACGCCGAUUCAAGCCCGACAAGUUCGCAAAUUUGACUUAAAGGGACGUGGGUCGCCUCGUCACCACACUAGCAUACAGCUGCGCUUCCGCAGAAGUGGGUCCUACUGGACCGAAGAACUCGUCGCCAUGCUCGAAUCCAUACCACGAUGGUGAUUUGUCAGCCUGGCCCCUGUCGCCUGCUGAGGCCACACAAGUAUAGCGCCGGGACACCGCGACGUAGCACCAUCGAUGUCUGCAGUCGUUUUGAGUGAGCAAUCAUUCGCGCAU